UUUUUAAAGAAAUUUUCGUUAUCUCGAUUUUAACUUUGCUCGAGUCAGCUUGUAAAUCCACGCUAUUGUUUCCCUUUGUUUAUUUUGAUGUUUAACAUCACCUCCGCUUGACCUGGCAUUUAUGUACGUGUAUAUGACAGACCACUCCCCCUUGAUAUACGUACUACUGAAAUCCGAUCGGGAUGUUUCCUGUUUUCUCAGUAAUACAUGGGAUUACAGUUGUUGUAUAGGAUAGUAAUGGGAGGAUUGACCAGCAAUUGUCAAUACAGUGAACACUGUUUACAACCAAUAAACAGGUAAUCUGGUCCUGCUGAAUUGCUUGAGUCCAUAUUAAUUCAAAGAAGUGUUUAUUUAAUGACAUCAAACAGCACCUGUUACGCCUUUUAAACACCUGAAAUCGAUAUUGUACAAUUUACCUCGGAUUGCUUCUCUAGCGACAGGGAAAGGUAGCUAGCACCAAGCCCUCACAGGUCCCCAGAUGUCAAUCCAGAUGGUUUCCUCCAUCAUAUUUGUUUUGACUUUGAUGUUGAUGAUGACAAGCGUUACAUCACAGAAAUCUUGUCCAGAAAAGUUCUUUGACAAUCUCGACAAUAACGCCGACGGAUAUGUUGACAUCGAGGAAUUUAAAAUUUGUUUUUCUGAAACAGGGAAGAAAAAUAUCCACAAAGAUGAGUUUUUGAAUGCUACCAAAGAACAAGUAUUUGACACCUGCGGAGUUGAUCCUUCGUUUGUUUUCAAGACGCUCGCAAAUAAGAAGGGUGUCAUGCAUCUGGAGAAUAUAUUUCACGCCGACUACGACACGGAUGAUGAUGAAAAGAUCAGUCUUUCAGAAUUCCAGACCGAACAUUACAAAAUAUUUGUUAAGUGGAUGAGUCAACGACCUUUAUUACUCGGUUUUAAAUCAAUACUGUAAAAACAUAAAUAAAAUGUUUGAAGCGCUUGCAUUUCUUUUAUUGAU